AUGUAUCUGAGGAGAAGUAACUUGGGUUUCAUCUGUGAUUAUAAUUCAGUAAAUGUGGUUUUUUGUGUGUUUUUUUUCCUAGAGAUAAAAGCCACAGUGGUGUACCCUGCCACAGAGAAACACCUUCAGAAGUAUCUUCGUCAGGAAGUGCACCUCGUCCGUGAAACCUGGGAGGACUACAAGAACAUAACACUGCCCUUCAUCCAGUCCCAGAGCUUCAGCAUCCAGUGGGUGUAUAAUAUCCUGGAGAAGAAAGCUGAGGCUGAUCGAAUCAUCCAUGAAAACCCAGACCCUUGCAAUGGCUUUGUUCUAGUUCCAGAUUUUAAGUGGAAUCAAAACCAGCUCGAAGACCUCUACCUGAUAGCCCUCAUUCAGCGCCGCGAUGUGAAGUCUCUCCGGGACCUCAGAGCAGAGCACCUCCCUCUGCUGAGGAACGUCCUGCAGGAAGGCAAGGAAGCCAUAGCAAAACGCUUUGGUGUGCCCGGAUCCCAGCUCCGCAUCUACCUGCACUACCAGCCCUCCUACUACCACCUGCACGUGCAUUUCACCGCCCUGGGCUACGAUGCUCCGGGCAGCUCUGCUGAGAGAGCCCACCUGCUGGAGGACGUCAUUGACAACCUGCUGCUGGAUGCUGAGUACUACCAGAAGCGGGCGCUGACCUUCGCCCUGCGGGCUGACGAACCCCUGCUGAAGAAAUUCCAGGAGGCAGGAAGAGUGUGAGCUGGCAGAGCCAAACGUGGAGCUGCUUUUUUAUCUUUUUAUCCCGACAAAUCUGUGGGUUUGGGUGGUGGUGGU